GCGUGACCCCAGUGGAAUCCGCCCAGCCUUCUACUAUGCCGAUGACGACUUCAUCACGGUUUGCUCGGAAGCGCCACUGAUCCAGACAGUCUUCGGUGUGCAGGAGGACAAGGUGCAUCCACUUCCUCCGGGACAAGCCCUUUGCAUCAAGAGGAGCGGUGCCUGGUCUUUGGAGCAGAUCCUCGUCCCCCUUGCUCUGAAGCAGUGCUCUUUCGAGCGCAUCUACUUCUCACGUGGCAACGAUGCGGGAGUUUAUCGCGAGCGCGAGGAGCUGGGCCGCCUGCUCUUGCCUCCGCUGCUGAAGUUGCUGAAGAGCAGCGGCCUCUCACUGGCGAACACCGUGCUCAGCUUCAUCCCAAACACCUCCGAGUUGGCUUUCCUUGGCCUUGCCAAGCAGGCUCAGGACCACUUGGAUCGCGAGAAAGCUGAGCUGGUCAAGGCAAUGGGCCAAAAUGGCAGCGCCGUGAAAAUAGACGAGGCGAAGCUUCACGAAUUGCUGAGCGCCAAGGUGCGCACAGAGAAGGUGGUGCACAAGGAUGCGAAGAUCCGCACGUUUAUCCAGGAGGAUUCAUCCCGUGAGCACCUCACGAUGCACGCCUACGACAUCCACUACGGCACGGUGCGACGGGGCCAGGAUGCCGUGGUCGCGUUGGACGACUCCAUCGUCCGUGGCAACACCUUGAAGAACGCCAUCCUGAGGACCCUGGACAAGAUGGGACCCACACAGAUCGUUGUUGUGUCGAGCUGCCCUCAGAUUCGAUACCCGGACGUCUACGGCAUCGACAUGGCCAAGUUGGGAGAUUUGGCGGCGUUCAAAGCAGCCAUUGGCCUGCUCAAAGAGAGGGGCAAGGAGCACAUCGUCAACGAGGUCUACCGCCUCUGCCGUGAAGAGCUGAAGGCUCCGCUGAGCUCGGGCACGACUGUGAACCACGUGCAGAAGAUCUACGAGUCCUUCACCCCGGAGGAGAUCUCCCUGCGCAUCGCCCAAGACGUGACGCCCGAUGAUUGCAAGGCCAAGGUCCACAUCCUCUACCAGACCGUGGAGGACCUCCACCGUGCACUGCCACACCACAGCGGUGAUUGGUAUUUUACCGGGGACUACCCGACCCCUGGAGGCGCUCGAGUCUGCUGUCGCGCGUUUGCCCUCUGGAUGGAGGGAAGCAGCCAGCGCUGCUAUGGCAUCAACUCGGCCUUGUCCUUCCUGCGAGCACGCCGCCCGGUGCUUGUGCUAGGCUCUGGUGCCCGGGAGCACGCACUCGCCUGGAAGUUGAGCAAGAGCCCAGAGGUCAGUGUUGUCUUCGUGGGCCCCGGAAAUGGUGGCAUCGGCAACUCAUACGGACAGGCUGAGCCCUUCGACUCUUCGCCGAUGGUCAACGUGGACGUGGCCAUCUCGGCCCCGAAGUUCGAGGAAGUCAUCACCUUCUGCCGUCAGUACGACGUUGGCCUGGUUGUGGUCGGUCCGGAGCAGAUGCUCGCCGAUGGUCUGGCUGACCAGCUGCGUGCCGAGGACAUCCCCGUCUUCGGGCCAAGCAAGGCGGCCGCACAAAUCGAAGCGUCCAAGGCCUUCGCCAAGGACUUCAUGAAGCGCCACAACAUCCCGACGGCCGAGUAUCAGACCUUCUCCGCACAAAAUGGGGGCGUGGAAGCCGCGCUGAAGUACAUCGACUCGGUUCCCUUCGAUGUUGUCGUCAAGGCCAGCGGCCUCGCGGCUGGCAAGGGUGUGGUUGUCCCGGAGACUGCCGAAGAGGCCAAGGCCGCCGUGCGCGAGUGCCUGGAAGCAAAAAAGUUUGGCGACGCAGGCGCCGAGGUUGUCCUGGAAGAGCGGAUGUUUGGGCCCGAGUGUUCCAUUUUGGCGCUUUGCGAUGGCAAGCGGAUUGCGGUGCUGCCGCCCGCCCAGGACCACAAGCGAAUCUUCGAUGGCGACCGCGGCCCCAACACAGGUGGCAUGGGUGCCUUCGCGCCGACUCCGGUUGUCAAGCCCGAGAUGAUGGAGCAGAUCAGGAAAGAGAUCCUCAUGCCAACCAUCGAUGGCCUGCGAGCAGAAGGCAAGCCCUUCAUCGGCUGUCUCUUCGCCGGUCUCAUGAUCACGGCGAACGGUCCGAAGGUCAUUGAGUUCAACUGCCGCUUCGGUGACCCAGAGACUCAGGCUGUCUUGCCUCUGCUGGAGUGUGACCUCUACCACGUUCUCAACUCUUGUGCGCAAGGGGAGCUGGUAAACCCAGACACCGCCAUCGGCGUGUCGGAGGUGCCCGCAAGGGAUGCUCUGCACAAGGGAAGCUUACUUACAUGA